AGAUGUGUUAAGCAGACUUUCACUCACACACCACACCAUGACGAACAACAAUCACCAGGGACUGAAGCUGAAGCGGGAGGUAGGGUUAAUUAGUGCCGUAUCUCUGGUCGCAGGCACUAUGAUAGGAUCGGGGAUCUUCAUGUCUCCUCAGUUUGUGAUGUCCAAUGUUGGAAGCCCUGGAGCGAGCUUGAUCAUCUGGGCUGUUUGUGGCUUGGUGACUCUAUGUGCUGCGCUCACUUAUGCAGAGCUUGGCACCAUGUUCAGAGAAUCUGGAGGUGAAUUUAUCUAUGUCCUGAGAAUCUAUGGACCAUUACCUGCAUUUUUUGUGGCAUUCACUUUCAUAAUUGUGUUGAAGCCAGCAGGUAUUGCAGCUGUUGCCUUGAGUUUAGCUCAGUAUGCAGUUGCUCCUUUCUAUUCAGGCUGCAUGCCACCUACAUUGGUGGUGAAAUGUAUAGCAGUGGUGUCCAUUUUUGUGGUGGCUACUGUCAAUAUGAUGAAUGUUCGCUUUGCCAUGACAAUUCAGGUUAUUUUCCUGGUGGCCAAAGUUGUGGGUCUGAUGGUGAUUGUUAUUGGUGGAAUAGUUACCAUGGCCCAGAAUGGUCUGGGAAACCUUGGAACACCAGACAUUGCCUUUGAAGGCACAACUUUGGAACUAAGUACCAUUGGAAUGGCUCUAUAUCAGGGACUCUGGUCCUUUGCGGGAUGGUUCAAUUUAAACUUUGUGCUUGAAGAAGUCAAAAAGCCAGAGGUGAAUCUUCCCCGGGCGUUAAUGAUUGCCAUCCCAUUGGUAACAGUCCUCUACUUGCUGGUCAAUAUCAGUUAUCUGGUCGUCUUGACUCCUAGAGAGAUGAUGACGUCCAGUGCUGUAGCAGUUACCUGGGGUAAUAAGGUGCUGGGCAGUUGGGGCUGGGUGAUGUCUAUUGCAGCAGCAUUAUCUUCCUUUGGCACAUUAAACGGAUCAUUUUUUGGUGGGGGACGAAUUUGCUUUGUGGCUGCUCGAGAGGGUCACAUGCCUAGUAUCCUGUCUAUGGCCCAUGUGCGGCACCUCACUCCCUCUCCAGCUCUUACUUUUACCACCAUCAUUGCUUUUAUUGUGCUCAUUCCUGGAGACUUCCAGAAUAUAAUCAACUUCUUUAGCUUUACAUCCUGGUUCUUCUAUGGAGUUACCAUAUCAGGAUUACUCUAUAUAAAAAUCAAAAAGUUGGAUCUUCCCCGUGCAUAUAAGGUACCUAUUUUUGUCCCCAUUCUGGUGUUUCUGGUGGCUGUGUUCCUGGUUCUAGCACCCAUUAUUGACAAGCCUCAGCUCGAGUACUUAUAUGUGACUCUCUUCAUCCUAAGUGGAGCUUUGGUUUAUUUUCCAUUCAUUCACUUCAAACUGUGUCCAGGCCUGCUGGACAAACUCACAGUGUUCCUGCAGCUCUUCCUGGAGGUGGCGCCAGCUGAUAAAAAUGUAUAAAACACCACAUCUUUUGUGCUAGAUUAAUUAAUAACUAUGUGCAUUAUUGUACAGCAUUAACACUAUAAUGAUGCACAUUUAAAGCCUGUUUUAGCUUGCCUUCUUGCAAGUUUAUAAAAUGUGUUGGUUUGUGGAAUCUCUAGAAAGAAUGCACACUGGUCAAAAAACAUUUUUCUUUUUUUUUUUUCUUUUUUGCUUUUAAUAUAUAAAAACAUACAAUAAACAGUAGAAACGAUAGAUAGUAGAAAUAAAUAAUAAUAAAACAUAAGCUGUAAUGUGUUUUUAAAUGUUACUUCAUUAUAUGAAAACACGAUAUUGUAUUCGCAGCUAUUUUUGUAUGUAGAGAAUAUGUGUACAAAAAAGAAAAUGAUAAAAACGUUUCUAAUAAGCUGGUCUUAUUGUAAUUGUAAAUUAAACUCACCCACUGCUUUC